UUGCCUUUUUUCUCCCUUUGUCUCAUGUCAUUGGAACUACUGUCAGAGUGAAUCCAGACGAAAGUUGUUGACACAAUUUGGAGGAAAAUGCAUCUGGUCCGUUGGGUCCUCGCAGGUCUUCUGGCGGUCGGCUCCUCUGAACUCUGCUGUGCAGGUCCUCUCCAUGCACAGUGCAAAGUAGAAUGGUACUUUGGGAUCCCAUGUCAAGACGUCUAUGAAUCCCUGGUUUCACAGAUUAAGAAGUGGAGAACCAUGUCUGGGUGCAGCCUGGGAGGACAGAGGUGCCUCUACAAGUUGCAGUCUGCCUCUGUCCACUUUAUAGCUGCGAAGCACACCACUCCCUUUAAGAUGUAUGUGGAUGACAUCAGCUUCCGACUGGUCUCGUAUCACUUCUUCACUUGCUGUCACGUUUCGGCCAUGUCCAUCUCUGAGACCUGGUAUGCCAUUACAGACCACGGCACCAACUACUGCAACCUUUACAACCUGAUGGAAGGAAGUGGUCUAACUGAAUCCAGAGGUUAUAAAGAGGUGACCAGUGACUUCCUGUGCACCCAGCGCUCCACUGCUAACUGUACUGUUUACUGACUGAGUCUUUAUGUGGAUCUGAGAUUAUUGCUGUAUAGAAAAGGUAAUUACUGGACAGUUUAGAAGAAUGAUAUUCUUUCUUUAUAACUACAGCCAAAAGAUCACAUUCAGGCUGCUUUCUAUCGUUGUAUUUUGGGGUCCACUGUCUGCUUUCCUUAUGCAAUAAAUGCAUAAUGAAUACACUUUACAUUACUCACAAUAAGUUCGGAAUAUUUUUAUUUACAGGAGUGCUUUUCCUAUAUGGCCUGAAUUUUAAUGAAAUAAGUAAUAGUUCCCUUUGAUUUUACUAGAAUGAGAAGAAGCACCAUUUUUAUUAGUGCAAUAUUUAUUACCCCAACAAUUUAGACAAUAACAAAGAUUGCCCCAAAUGACAAAAACUGACAAAGUCAGUAGUGGGUGUUUCCACCAUUUGCAGCGAUGACAGCUUGACAGCGACGUCUCAUCCUCCUAACUAGCCUCAUGAUGUUGUUCUGAGGCGUUCCACUCCUCCACCAGUGUUACAGCAGUUCUUUCAGGUCACAUGGGGGUGGGGUAAGAGCAUCCAGUCGCUGCUUCAGUUGGUCCCAGACCUGCUCUAUGGGGUUCAGGUCAGAGGACAUUGCUGGUCAUACCCUAUGAGGCACUCCCACUUCCUGAAGUCCAGCUGUGACUAUUCUGGCACCAUGUGGUGGAACAUUAUCAUCCUUGAACAUAAAGUUGGGGGUGUUCUGGCAGAAUUGGGGGAUGAUGAUGGUUCUGAUGUCUCUGAGGUAAGAACGUGCAGUGACUGAUCCAUCUACAAUCACCAAAUCUGUUUUGUGCUGACUGGUGAUGCCUGCCCAGACUGUUGAACCUCCUCCACCAAAGCCAACCCUGGGGACCAUGUUGACCUCGGUGUAUCGCUCCCCUUGCUAUUUUGCUCAUUUUAUUUUUACUGUGUACAUUAUUAGGUCAUGUACUGCUACUUUAACUUUUAUUGUGGAGACUAUAAAGUGAUUAAAUGAAAAAAAUCUGGACUCUUCCUUA